UGGACAAGAAGCUCGACUUUUAGCAGGCUAUUUGGGCAUUAUAGCACGAAAUGCCAAUAUGUUGCCCAUCAACUACGAAUCAUGGCAUAACAUGCCUAAUAGCAAUAAAAAUCAAGCUCUCUCUAAUAUUAAGGAUAGGUUUGCUUUAGAGGUCUCUGAUGCCUAUAUCAAGAAGGCAUUGGGUAAAAAAUGGAGAGACAAUAAAAGCAUUUUAAAAAAAAAAUAUUUUAAAAAACCCAUAAGCCUCGAAGAAAAAUUGCAAAAUGUCCCACCGGGAAUGCUGAGGUACCAAUGGGAAGAUGCAGUUCGAUUUUGGAAUUCGAAGAAAGGAGAGGACCGUGAGCGAGUUGGAACAAGCAGCAGGCAAAAACAAAAAUUUACGCACACGGCAGGGUCGAAAAGUUUUGCUUGUGUAGCUCAGGCCGAGGAAGCCUCGUCUGGUCAAAAAGUUAGACGCCUUCAACUUUUGACAUUACGCAUGAGAAAAAAGAUGGAACUCCGAUGUCAUCCGAAAUUUGAAAUUAUGGUACUUGCAAGAAAUCUGGUGGUGACGAGGGCUGGUGUAGAUUCGCGCGUUGAUUUCGGAGGUAAAGUCACAGUGCUGAUGGCCUCGAUUGGGGAGCUGGACAGACGCUCCCUGAACCUUCCAGACCUGUUGCGGCGCGAGGGGAAAGAGCUAGGGUUGAAAACCCUAGCUGAUAAUUUUAGGUUUUUGGGCCUCUGUUGUUUGGGUCUAGUUUAG